AUGGCAUCUUCCAUUUCUCGACUUCCUGAAUUACCUGUCACCUGUCUGAGGACAGCCAAGGAACUGAAGACAACAGAUAUUGUCAAGGGAAGCAAAACAGUUAUCGGUAAGUGUGAUCGAACCCAAAAGCGAGAGUACGAUGAAAUGAUCUUCCUGCUCUCCUCCUCAUGUACACUUGUUUGUUUCCAACCAGAUUUCUGGACAACUCGGUGCACGCGUUGUCCGGAUGCCUUGGAUAAGCUGGAUGAUUUGGCGGCGGCUCCUCGGUUCGCAAACGUUCAAUUCGUUUCCAUUUGCUGCGAUAAGCUCGAUGGAGCCAGGGAAAUUAUUGAAAAAGAAACAGAGCCACGUUGGCAAAAUGUGGACCACUACUUUAUGGAGCAUCAGUACAAAGAAGAAGCCAAGAAUGUUCUGGGUUUCAGUGCAGUUCCCUUUUACGUCAUGUUGAACGAAAAGGGAGAGACAAUACAAAUGGGAAACGCUAUCGAUUUUGAAAGACUAGCGGUCGAAGAAGCUGAGCCCGAUUCCGUAGCAACAGAGAACGAAAAGGAAAACAUGUUGACAAUCGAAAAUCCUGUGGUAGAUUUGCACGUUGGAAAGAAUGAAUUGAGGGCAAUCAAGCUUGACGAUUUCAGUGUCGACGACCUCGAUUUUUGA